AUGAAAAAAAGGGAGAGUCCGUUCCUUUGCAUAGAUCAACCUAUCUAUAGUUAGAAUAUCACAUCCCCUCGAUUUGAGGAACUCUUACCAAUUUAUUCUAAUGAUAAUGAGGCAGAGCAGACAAUUGAUGAAGCACUGAAACAUAAAAGAAAAAUAUUUGAUAGUAAGAAUUUCCGAGCUUUGAAAGAUGGAUAUAAAGGAGAAAGUUCGGAAGAUGAUGAAUAUCUGAGCAGUGUUAGGUAUAUUAUUUGUUUGGAUCAUAUAAGUGAUAACAGAUAUGAUCAAGAAUCUGCAAGAUCACGAACGAAUUCCUUCAUAAGAGGUCAGAGAAUUGCUAAUAACCCAUACUUAAAUUAGAGUUCGAACAGAAAAGCACAUACUGGACUAAUAAUUGAUUCUACAUUCAACUAAUAAGUGUAAGGAGUAAAGUCAUGCUCCAAAAUAGAUAAAUACUAAAGCUUUGUGAAAUAAUUUGAAUUGGAAGAAGUUAAGAUAAGAAAGACUGUGGAGCCAUAAAAGUAAAAAAGUUAUCAAACCAAUGAGCUAGCAUCCAAGAGGAACAGUGGAAUAAAAGCAGGCAAAGUCGGGUAAAAUUUAUUAUGAUUCGUAGGUUAAAUAAUAUAUGGGCUGUUAAAGGAUUUAUAAUAAUAAGAUUAGUGUCGAGAUUUAUUUAAUAGUUGAAAACCAAAACUGAGACCAUAAAAUUUAAACUUAUGACAAGAAAAAUAUUUUCUAUUAUUGGAGAUUUGUCUAGUAAUUUUGAAUAUAUCUUAAUUUCUCGGCAAAUUAAACAGAAGCCUAGUUUAUUUUUAAUAUUGAAAUAUAAUUUCCAAAAAAGAGCAACCAGUCUAAUAAAUUGCUUGGAAUAUGGAUUAGAAUUAUUAAGCAGAAUUAUAAUAGUCAUAAGACCUGAUAGCAAAUUUAAAAUUGUCUGGGAUAUUUUGUUAUUACUCUUCAUUGUGAUGAAUAUAUUUUACAUUCCCAUAAACAUCAGUUUCAAUAUUUAAACUUAAGGAGUAUUUGAAUACUUAUUUGAUUUAUUGCCAUCAUGGAUAUUUAUAGCUGAGAUAAUAAUUAAUUUUAAUACUGCUUAUUAUGAUAAGGGUUUGAUGCAUGAAGAUCGAAAGUCUAUAGUGAAACAUUAUUUGAAAGAUAAUUUCUUUUGGGAUUUAGUGGUUGUAGUACCAUUUCUAAUGUCAAACAUGAACAUACCCUUUGUUAGAUACACGUUACUAUUUCGAUUGACAAGACUGACUCCUUUGAUGCAAAAUAUUGAAGAAAUAUUGAAUUUGGAAGUAAUAAUAAACUGAUAUGAUUAGGAGAACAUCCAAAUUGUUGUUGAUCUUUUGAAGCUUAUCUUUUUUCUGGUUUUGACAGGUCACUUUUGUGGAUGUGCUUGGCAUUUUGUUGCAUUAACAGAGUAUGAAUCCUUUGGCAUAACUGACAAUUGGCUCACUCAUUAUGAUAGACAGGCCUUUGAUUAUCAUUGGUUUGACAGAUACAUCAUAUCUCUAUAUUGGAGUGUAAUCACAACAGUAACCGUGGGUUAUGGAGAUAUUGUACCUGUUACAACUUUUGAAAGGAUUUUUGUUAUCGUUGUAACAUUGCUGCUUUGUGGAGUAUUUGGCUAUUGCAUUUCAAAUAUCGGCAAUAUUUUUAAAUAGAUGUCCGAUAAAAAGUCUACUUAUAAGUCUAAAUUGCGUCAAAUUCAUUAACAUAUUAGAAAAAGAGGGCUCAAUCUAAAUCUGUCAUUAAAAGUAAUGGUUUAAUAUAUGCUCCAGGUUAAGAAGUAUUUUGAAUACUUUUUCCAACUUGAAUAAGAAGAAGAUAGUCACGCAGAGAUAUUUAUCAAUCAAUUAACUAAACAUUUAAGAGAGGAGGUUUUAACAGAUUUAUAUAGUAAUACUCUUAAAAAGUCAAGAUUUCUGAGAGAAAAUUUCAAAGAACUUACAAUCAAUAAUCUCUGUCAAUUUGUGAAGGAGAAAAAAGUGUUACCAGAAGAGGUUUUGUAUUCUCGAUAUGAUCAACCAACUAAAAUUUGGUUCGUGCUUUCAGGAGCCUUAGAAUUUGUAGCAGAUCAUAAGAGUAAUUAUACAUGCUAAUUGUAGAUGAAAAUGAAUAUUAUGAAGCAACAGAGACUUUUCUCAAUAAGGUCAAUUCUGGGUAAUGCAUAUGAUCCAAUAUUAGAGCAGUAUUAGGGGAGAGAGAAUUCAUAACAUAGCAGCGGUAUGAAUAUAAAGUAAGGGCUUUAAGAUUUACUUAAAUGGCUUAUAUUGAGUAUUUAUUUUCUUCAUAAUUUCUAUAGUUACGAGGACUUUAUUAAUGUUAUUAGUGAAAGUGAUUCAGAAUAUGAAAUAUUUUGUAUGAAGAGGGAUAGAUUGUUAUUUGAUCCCUAAUUUAAAGGUACUGGAAAUGUCUGUGAAGUUUGUGGGUGGACUCACAAUUUUAUUCAGUAAUGAUAUUAAUAUAUUUAGAUGUCCAUUUGUGUUUUUGUAACCAAAUAUUAAUAAAAUAUCUAGUAGUUUCACAACUGUCAGAUUGAAUAAUAGGCUUAAAUUUCCAUAUCGAAAUUCUACCAAAUCAAGAACAAGAGAAGUUCUCAAUAGUAUAUAAGAAGGAGCACUAAAACUACUAGUUGAAAAUUUAACCGAAUAGUAAAUAAUUUAAGUUAUUAUAGAGAAUAUACAGAUGAAUAUUUAGUAUCUUUAGGAUUUUAAUUGAGUAAAAAAAAUGAAUUAGAUUCAUCAAUUGCGGACGAAACACCUAGAAAUCUUUAAGAUUCUCCAAUUAACACAAACAGCGAAAUGUAAAAGGCAUUUUAAAAGAAAAGCACAAAAACUUUGACAGGAGGCUUGACAACUGACUUGAAAGAUAUCACGCCAACUCAUGAGCUGAAAUAAAGCAUCAUGGUAUUCUAGAAAAAUUAAUUUGGAAAAGAAAAAUACAAAGCCUUAUAAGUAUUUAAGAAGGAAAUCUAAGAGAAAGAAUCUGAAGCAAUAGAAUAAUAAUAAUAAUCAUAAAUAUUUGGUAUUCAAAAUAAUUAAAUUCCUAAUUCAUUCAACAAUAAACUAUACCAAAUGACACUCUAAGGUAGUCCUAAAAGAUCGUGCAAUUUUGAUGAACUCAGCAAUCUUUUUUUGUCCUAAAAGUUUGGAAAUCUGUCUUAUUAAUUAGAUUAAGAUUAAAACAAGUGUUUAAUGAAAUAACUUAGCAAGAAUAGUGAGUAGAGUGAUAUGAAAGAUUCAUUGAUAAAGAAAUAGAUUGAAAAUUAAGAAAGGAGAAUGUAAAUUGGAGGUGAGAGAAGAAGGAAGAAAAAGAGAACAACUUUAUUAGUAGGUCAACAAUUCUAGAGAAAAAUUAAUUAACCUCAAUAAGUAAAUUUAGGUCCAAGUCCUUAAUAAAAAUAAUAACUGAUGGCUGCAUUUGAUUAGAAAUUAAGAAGAGUGAGUAUUGGAGAUUCUAAAAAAUUUGGGUAAGCAAAUCCUAUUCCAAGUAUUACCUAAAUUGAUCCGGUAAGCUUAUCAGCAGAAUAUAUAUAAGAAAAUUAAUUGCAAUAGAAGAUGAUGGAUAUUGUUCAUCCAAAUCAAAAUAUUGAGAUUGAUUGUUGUAAAUCUACUCAUGUGUAUUUCCCUGAAUUUAAUUUAGAUGAAAUUCUUAAGAAAAUCGCAUAUUACUAUUCCUAUGUGAAGGGAAUUGAAAAGAAAAUGUAUAAACGAAGUAAAUCGAAUCGUAACCUAUUUGAAAGAAUCAAACCAUCUAAAAAUGUAUCUAUGAGGAGUUUUCAUAAUAAUUCUAGAUUCUAAUAGGAGGAAGUAUGA